AUGGAAAGCAAUGUACUGAAAAAUGGCAAAUUCGCUGCACUCAACCUGGCUGCUCCCAUCAUAAAUGAAGGAAUGAAUGUCGGCAAAAGACUGAUAGAAAAACUAACCAUACCGACAGUGGCCGAUAUAAUACUAACAAUAACUUUUUUCGCUCUAUACAAGUUAUAUAAUGACUUUAAAAAAAUGAAGUUCCUGCAACCACGAGAAAACCACCAAAUAAUAUACGACGCGUUCGGAGUUCUAGAAGGAAAUCUCACCACGGAGGAAAAAAUUCAAAGGCAGUUAAUGAAAAUAGAAAAUCAUAACAGAAGAAUAAAAAAAUUACAGGAUUGGUUUAAAGAUGUAGAAAAGAGAGUAAAAGCAGAAAGGAAAAAGAUAGAUUUAGCAACCGGAAGAGCCAAAAGUGAUGAUUUAAUAGGAAGAGCAAAACAUACGGCACAAUAUGUAAUCAAUCCGGAACAAGAAAUAACGCUAGACGAUAAGGAAGAAAAAGAAAUAAUGGAAAAUGGAGUUAAAAAAAUCCAAAACGGGUUACAAAUCAUAGAAGAAUUGAUACAAAAGAUUGAUGACGGCACAGGGAAAAUUCCAAAAGACAAUUUAGGAUCAUAUAGACAAGAAAUAGAAAUCCCUGAGGAUAAAAUGGCAGAAUUUGAUGAAGGCCUGGAAUUAUUUGAAGAAGGCUUAAAAAUAAUUCAAGAUCGCGUACAGAACAAUGCAGGAGAAAGUGAAAUAGAAGAAAUAAAAAUAGAACUAGAAGAACAUAGCGAUGAAGAGGAAGAUAGGAAUAACUCAUCUUUCUAUUUAUAUUCCCGAGAUGCAAAUGUACAAGAACCAUGUUUAUCAUCAAAACUGGAAACAUACAGAGGGAAAAUGGCGGAAGUAGAAAAGUGGAUAAACCAAGUAGAUGAAACGAUGAAAAACGAAGCAAAGAAGAUAAGGGAAGGAGUAGAAGCGGAAGUUAAAGCACCCGAAUCAUAUGCACAAGACGCAGGAAAGACGACAACAGUACAAGUAGAAAAUAACACAAUGAAAGAAGAAACACAUGAUAAUGAAUACCAACAAGGACAAACCAUGGAAGAAGAACCAACUGGUGAACUAACAGAAGAAUGGAAAGUUAAUGAAUGGAAAAAAUGGAUGAACAAUACAGAGAAUGAUUGGGAAAAAUUUAUGCAAUCCUUUGAACGUCAUAAGCAAAUGUGGAUUCAAGAAAAGGAAAAUGAAUGGGAAGAAUGGCUCACAAAUAUUCACUACAAUUGGCUUGGAUUUACCACCAAAUUGGAAGGAGAUUAUAUAAGCGAUAAAACAAAAUACUGGAAAAAAUGGGAUGAAAAUGAAUGGAAGGGAAUAAUCGAAAUGGAGUGGACGAGACCUAUGAAAGUAAAGUGGGCAAAAUUGGUAGAGAAGAAUGAAAAAAUUUGGGGAGACAAGUUUUUUAAUUACUGGGAUAAUUGGAAAGAUAAAAAAUGGAACGAAUGGAAAAAUAAAAACUGGAAAAAAAAAGAAGAGGAACAGUGGAAUAAUUUCGAAGAAGGUAAAGAUUUAAAUAAUGAUGAAAAUUGGAAGGAAUGGAAUGAAAGAUUGUUAAGAGAAAAACAGGAAUGGAAAAAUUGGGUCAAUGAAAAAGAAGAUUCCCUAAUGGAUGCAGAAGAAACACAUUGGAAAAAGUGGAAAGAAUAUAAGUGGAAUUACCUGAAUGAAUGGAUGAAACAAGUCAAAGUGAAAUGGUUAAAGGCCAAACCAUGGGAAGUCUGGAAGCAGGCAGGAAGCGAUAUCUACGAAUCUAACAUAAAAGUGAAAGAUGAUGUGCAACACAGUGAAAGGGAGGAUUCACUGAGCUCUUAA